CAUGAAGAGGUGCCUGGGCGCAGGUGCAAAGCCACAUAAGAAACCUUUCGAUUGCAUUCGCUUGCCUUUGAACACGACAGGAGGAUCAGAGCUUGGCUUUUAAUGUCAGGAUAAAUAGUCUCGUGGUUUCUUUCAUUGUCCGAGGUUUGGCCUUGGCGCAGAAACAUACAAUUACACGAACGAACGAAGCAACGCACAGUAUAUGUAGCUGCAUGAACGUUUUAUGAAUCUCAGUGGCACUGGAAAUGAUGGCAAAUGAACAAUUCAAGGAGACAGAGCAGUCACGAGACAUGAAUUAUCAGGAGGGUAAUUAUGGAAGAAGAAUGUACUUAUGCUUCUGAGCAACUUCCUCAUAAAGUACAGACGAUGACCUGCUGUUUGCCGAGGUUCGUUCAACCAGUUCUCGCCUUGCUUUUGCUCGUCACUAUUCAUGCGCAGAGCUGUCUGUCAGCCGUCAGGAUGGAUCUGCACUACAAAUUCAACGAACACAGCAAAUCCAACCACUUCGGCUAUGGAAAACAAAGUGGUCCUGCCACGUGGGUGCAGACGUUCCACACGUGUGGAGGCCACAGCCAGAGCCCCGUGAAUCUGGACACAACCACAGCAGUGACGAGGCACCACCCACGCAUCAUCUGGUGGAACUACUCGCUGAAGCCUGCCGCCAUGACAGUCACCAACAACGGCCACACAGUUCUGCUGAUGGCCACGUGGGCGAGGAAGGAGGACUGUCCGUACCACUGGUCUACCCAGACCUCGGAGGAAUACGUCUUCCAACAGGUGCACUUCCACUGGGGCGAGGACGACCAGUCGGGGAGCGAACACACGCUCAACAACGAGAGAUUUGCCCUGGAAAUGCACGUGGUCCACUAUCGAAGGGAUCUUAGUUCUCUGGAGGAGGCGGGGAACUACGCGGCUGGAAUUCGGGUCAUCGGCGUUUUCUUUCGGGUUUCGGAGGUGGAGCACAACUACACGGCCCUGCAGCAGGUGGUGCAGGCGCUGCAGGCCGUCAGGAAGGGGUCAGUGCCAGGGCAGUCGCUGCGGACAACGCCCAACAACAUGACCGAGGACAGAAGUUCUAAGAUUCGAGGAGCUGAGGUCGGUGAGGAUGUCGAUCGCGGUCUUCUGUCUUGUGACGUCGCGUAG